ACAAUGGUUGGUUUUGUCUGCUUCGCUUGUUUUAUUUCGUUUUAUUUGAACGCUGUGUCAUCAAAGGAGAAUUUAAGUUGUCUCGUUGAGGGUUGCGACAAUGAAGGAAGAUGCUUGAAGGUGAAUGAAGUCGUCGUUGAAGGAGGUAGCGGCAGACGAGAAGUUCAUGGAAGCUGGAUGAAGUGUAAUUGUCCACUUCCAACUGGCGGACCGACGUGCAGUCAAAAAUUAAAUACAAAACUUCCAAGAUUCCAUGGAGAUGGGUAUUUGAAAAUGUUUGGACUACCCAGCACGGCCUUUCAAAAAAUAAAUAUCACAUUAGAAAUUAAAGCGGAUGCUCAUUAUGGAUUACUUUUAUUUGCAACUUCAGGAUCAUUCUCUGAAAAGUAUUAUAAAGAUUUUAUGGCAGUGUCACUGGUGUCCGGUCAUGUCCAAUUCAGGUUUGAUUGUGGGUCGGGGAUAGUUACGAUUCGAAGUUUAAACAAAAUUCUCGCUAACAACUGGAACACCUUAGAAAUAGGACGGAUAAAUAAAAUCGGCUGGCUGAAGUUGAACGACGGAAUUAAGUUGAUGGCGAAAUCAAAAGGACAAUUUUCCAAGAUUAGUCUGAAGAAAGAAUUUUAUAUUGGUGGCCAUCCGAACGUUUCACAUUUCGGCGAAGUGGCACUGACGACACACGGCAUGGUCGGUUGCAUCAGGAAGAUCUUCAUGGAUGGCGUUAAACUCGACAUGAGAAAAACUGAUAACAUCAAAGGCGAUGCAUUGGAUGGAUGGAAUGUCGAUAAUUGCAUUGAAAACAAGUGCCAUGCAACACAAUGCUUGAAUGGAGGUAGCUGUUCCUACGACGAGCUUACCGACAGCAUCGUCUGCUGGUGCGCCGUCGGCUGGAGAGGCCCUCGUUGCGAAAUCG